UUAUUAUUGGAGGUGUUUAGAUAUUGAUCCUGUAUUCUGUGUUAGUUAGAAACUCGCGCCUUGCUUGAUCGCGGUUCAGCUUGCCUAGUUGUUAUUUUCAUUUUAUUCCAAAAAAAAAAAAAAAUCCUCGCUACACCAUGCCGAAAAGGAAGUCUCCAGAGGGUGCUGAAGGCAAAGAAUCCACAAAAGUAGCAAAGGAGCCAACAAGAAAAUCUGCAAGAUUGUCUGCUAAACCUGCUCAGCCGAAGCCAGAACCUAAAGUUAAGAAGCCGGCCGUUAAGCAAGCAGGAGAAAAGGCUGCAGCCAAAGGCAAGAAAGUAGGUAAAGGGAAAAAAGCCGAAAAUCCAGAUGAAGGCACUGCACCCGCAGAAAACGGGGAAACCAAGACUGAAGAGAUCCAUAUUUCUCGCUCCUCUGUUAGUGUGUCUACAUCUAGAAGUACUCCUCCCAGCUUGUUAUCCGUAAAAGGGCAAACUGAAACAGUGAAAGUUAAGGGCACAGAAAACUGAGUCUCCAAAUGAGAAGAAAGAAUGAGAGAAGCAUCUGACAUGAACUUUUAGUUGAUUUUAUGUACCUCUUGUACAAUUGGACAGAAGAAUAUUUUUUAUCAAGUAUUUUGUAAAUGCUAAUUUUUUUAGAUCUGUGGUAGUGGACUAUGCCAGUAUGUGUUCUGUUUCAGUAGUCGCUUGUAGGAGGCAUUUUACCAUUGAUUCCUGUUCGCAGCUGUGUGGGUGGGUUUGUUUUUUUCCUCCUGAAUAUAAAUUAUGAGUGUGUUAUCAGGUUAGUAUUCAUUGCUCUUAACUUCUGCUAUGUUAAUUUUAGAAGACAUAGUGCUAGUAGUGACUUGUAUAUGUUUUUUACUUUUAAUUUUUGAGGGUUUUUGCCAGUUUUUAAAUAGCAAUAAUCAGUGGUGCUUUGUACUAAAAGUUUGUGGUUGGGUGGAUGCAAAUAGUUGUAAUCACCCUUUGUUUGGGGAAUUAUUUUAAUGGAAAUAUUUUAAAAUAAAAAAAAAAUUGUCCUGUU